GGAACACCAUAUCCUCGUCAGAUCCGUCCUCUGUAUCUGUAUUUUUGGGACCCAUAUAUCCCGCCUCCAUCGGUGCUCCUCCUUUUCCCUGUCACUGUCACUCUUCCAAAAAUUCUCUCAAUUUCUCAGACACCUCUCUCUCUCUCUCUCUCUCCCCUCUUACCUCUCACUCUACUCUACUCUACUCUAGAGAGAGAGAGAGAGGAACAGAGCAAGGAGUUGGGUUUUUUUAGUAGGUGUGGACUCUCUCUCAUCAAACAGCUUUUGCAUUUUCUGAAAAAGUUUGAUGAACAGUGUUUUCUAGAUUCUGGACUCUAAUCAGAGAUAUGGGUUGCUUCAAUUCUUGAUUUCAGAGAAGUAAAAAAGAUUGGAACUUCGUGAUUGUGGAGCAAAGAAGCUCUCCACAUGUAGAAUGCAUGGGAUAUUAUGCCAUAAAUAACCAGUGAUAGUAUAAAUAUGGAUCCUCUUGAAGAAAGUUCCAGAUUUGGUUCGUUACGUGGCGUGACAUUAAGGACUUUGUCAUCUUCCUCGUCAGCAUUCUUUUCGGCGAAUCAAUCUCCCUUUUUCUCUCCAAGAUCUCCGACUUGUGAAAUACCGACACGUGCUGACAUUUCAGGCGAUGGUACUAAUACAGGUGUCGAUCCCCUAAAUACCAGUUCGGAGAUUCCCGACCCAGAAUCUCUAAGAAAUAUCAGAUUUCCAUCACCCGAGGUUUCAUCUAUCCCAGCAGCAUCUACUUCCAGUGAUUUUCGAAAGUUUGACCAUGUUUCUUCAUCACCCACCAUUUCCAACAGUACUCUUUCUUGUUAUGGUGUAAGCUGUGGCAAUGAUUAUUUCAGGUGCAGAGAAAAACAGAGAAGGAUCGGGAAAUUCCAUGAGGCCUCAUAUACUCCAACUUCAACUUCCUUUUCGACUACCAGACUGAGGAGCUGUGAUGUUUAUAUAGGCUUUCAUGGCCGUAAACCUUUAUUACUGAGAUUUACUAAUUGGCUUCGUGCAGAGUUGGAAGUUCAAGGGGUCAGUUGUUUCGUAACGGACAGAGCUCGGUGUCGAAGCUCUCGUAAACAUGGAAUUGUUGAGAGGGCUAUGGAUGCUUGUACUUUUGGAGUUGUAAUCUUAACUCGGAAAUCUUUCAGGAAUCCAUAUACUAUCGAGGAGCUAUUGUUCUUUUCAGGCAAGAAGAAUUUGGUUCCAAUAUACUUUGAUUUGGGUCCCGAUGAUUGCCUUGUGAGGGAUAUAGUUGAGAGAAGGGGGGAAUUGUGGGAAAAAUAUGGGGGGGAACUUUGGCUUCUAUACGGAGGAUUGGAGAAGGAAUGGAAAAAUGCAGUUAGCGCCCUCUCUCGUGUUGAUGAGUGGAAAUUGGAGGGGCAUGAUGGUAAUUGGCGAGAUUGCAUACUUCGGGCUGUUACCCUUUUGGCAUUGAGAUUAGGAAGGAGAAGUGUUGUGGAUAGACUAACCAAAUGGAAGGACAAGGUGGAGAAAGAAGAGUUCCCUUUCCCUCAAAAUGAGAAUUUCAUUGGUAGGAAAAAGGAAUUCUCUGAGCUCGAGUUUAUGCUUUUUGGUGAUGUUAGUGGAGAUGCCGAAAGAGAAUAUUUGAACUUCAAGUCCCGACACAAGCGAAAGAGUGUGAUGAUUGGUUGGGGAAGGAGCAAUUUCAAUGGAGGAAAGGAGGAGAGACGACAGUUGGAGAGUGGUAGAAGGAAGGGAAAAGAACCUGUACAAUGGAAAGAAUCAGAUAAGGAAAUACAGAUGCAAAACACCGAAUUUUCUCAAACGCAACACCAAACACCAAAGCUAAAGAAUAGUGGAAGGCAUGGAAAGAGGAGAAGAGCAAUUAAUGUUGUGUAUGGGAAAGGGAUUGCUUGUGUGUCGGGAGAGCCUGGAAUUGGUAAGACUGAGUUGCUUCUCGAGUUUGCAUACAGAUAUCACCAGAGGUAUAAGAUGGUUUUAUGGGUAGGAGGAGAGAGCAGAUAUAUACGUCAGAAUUAUUUGAAUCUUUGGCCAUUCCUAGAGGUUGAUGUGGGGAUAGACAGUGGUUUGGAGAAAAGCAGGAUCAAGAGUUUUGAAGAGCAAGAAGAGUCAGCAGUAGCCAGAGUUCGGAAGGAGCUUAUGCGAAACAUUCCAUUUUUGGUGGUGAUCGAUAAUUUAGAGAGCGAAAAGGACUGGUGGGACCACAAACUUGUAAUGGAUCUUCUUCCCCGUUUUGGUGGACAAAGCCACAUUUUAAUAUCCACUCGUCUCCCUCGUGUAAUGAAUAUGGAGCCUUUAAAACUUUCUUACCUAUCUGGGGUUGAGGCAAUGUUUUUAAUGCAAGGGAGUGUCAAUGAUUACCCAAUUGCAGAGAUUGAUGCUCUUCGGGUUAUUGAGGAAAAACUUGGAAGACUAACCCUAGGCAUUGCCAUCAUAGGAGCAAUUCUAUCCGAUCUUCCCAUAAAUCCAAGUAGACUCUUGGAUACCAUUAACCGAAUGCCUUCAAGGGACUUAACCGGGAGUAGUAGGGAAAGUCAUGCAUUGCAGAAAAAUAACUUCCUUUUGCAACUCUUCGAGGUUUGUUUCUCAAUAUUUGACCAUGCCGAUGGACCAAGGAGUUUAGCAACUAAAAUGGUACAAGCAAGUGGUUGGUUUGCUCCGACAGCCAUUCCAGUUUCUCUGUUAGCUCUGGCUGCUCAAAAGAUGCCUGAGAAACACCGCCAUACCCGGUUAUGGAAAAAGUUUUUGCAUUCCAUAACUUGUGGGUUUUCAUCAUCAUACAGUAGAAAAUCAGAAGCCGAAGCAUCGUCAAUGUUGUUGAGGUUCAAUAUUGCUAGAAGCUGUAAGAAGGAAGGGCAUAUCCAGGUCAACGAACUCAUCAAGCAUUAUGUGCGAAAGAGAGGAGUUACUGGAGUCUCACAAGCUAUGGUACAGGCUGUCAUUAGCCGCGGAUCAAUUUCCCACCACUUUGAACAUAUAUGGGCAGCGUGCUUUCUGCUAUUUGGAUUCGGGAACGACCCUAUAGUCGUUGAAUUGAAGGCGUCAGAAUUGUUAUUUCUUGUAAAAGAAGUGAUUUUACCGCUGGCUAUCAGGACGUUCAUUACAUUCUCGCGGUGCAGUGCUGCUCUAGAACUCCUUCGCUUAUGCACAAAUGCAUUGGAAGCUGCGGAUCAAGCGUUUGUCAUACCAGUUGAGAAGUGGUUGGAUAAAUCACUUUGUUGGAAACCGAUCCAAACAAAUGCCCAGUUGAAUCCUUGCCUUUGGCAAGACCUAGCACUUUCAAGAGCCACCAUGCUAGAAACAAGAGCAAAGCUAAUGCUAAGAGGAGGACAGUAUGACAUAGGGGAUGAUCUGAUUAGGAAGGCGAUAUUCAUAAGAACUUCAAUCUGUGGAGAGGAUCAUCCGGAUACCGUAUCUGCUCGUGAAACUCUGAGCAAGCUCACAAGACUUCUUGCCAAUGUUCAAAUCCAUACUACAUCAUAGAUUCUAAAUUUUCCUGUAAGCAGAGUUUACAUUAGAAUUAUACAUAGUUUCAGAAUAAACUGAUUUACAAACUGUUUCAUAAAAAAAAAUUUCAUACCAUUUUUAAUAUCAGUCAGAUCUGCUAUCUGAAUCAUAUUGUGCCUUGUGUAAUUUAAUUUGUUGAUCUCACAUGCUUUCCAUGCA